AUGGUCUCACGGAAUUAUUUGAACGCCUAUUCGGGGCCAGAUGCUCUCCAGAACUACUUCGACCCCGACCGCACACCAAUGAUUCCUCUCGUCGAGAUUCCGCCAAGCUUGAACCCGUACUACAACGAUGGUGUUAGGAUACAUGCAAAGAUGAUGUCUAUGCAUCCCUCGAACAAUGUCAAGAUCAUGCCUGCGUUGAACAUGUUGACCAAAGAGGUCCACCCGGAGAAGUCCAAGACAGUAGUCGAGUACAGUUCAGGAUCUACUGUCAUAUCUCUGGCCUUGGUCUCUCGUAUCAACCACGGGAUACAAGAUGUUCGCGCCUUCUUGAGUAACAAGACUUCGGCUCCAAAACUCAGGCUCAUGCAAUUCUUCGGACUGGACAUUACGCUCUUUGGUGGUCCUUCACAACCAGAACCACACGACGAACGCGGCGGCAUACAUCGAGCUAGGACCAUGGCCGAAAAGGACGAAGCAAUCCUCAACGUCAAUCAAUACGAAAACGACGCAAACUGGCAAUCGCACGUCAAAUGGACCGGACCGCAAAUCCAUCAACAAUUACCCAACAUUCGUCUUAUGUGCGCGGGCAUGGGAACGUCUGGGACAAUGACAGGGCUCGGCCAGUAUUUCAAGUCAGCGAAGCCGUCUGUGGUUCGAUUAGGCGUGUGCACCGCCGCCGGCGAUCGAGUUCCAGGACCUAGAUCUCUCGCUCUUCUGAGCCCUGUCGAGUUCCCAUGGCGCGACUCCGUGGAUGCCAUUGAGGAGGUGGGCUCCAAGGAUGCUUUCAGUCUAUCCCUGGCGCUUUGCCGCGCGGGUUUGAUCUGUGGUCCAUCCUCAGGUUUCAAUUUGCAGGGGCUGUUCAACUAUCUCGGAAAACGAAAGAGCGACGGCACAUUAUCCGACCUCGCCAAUACCAAUGGCAUCAUCGACUGCGCAUUCGUGGCCUGCGAUGGCCCAUAUCAGUACAUCGAUGAAUAUUUCGACAAGCUUGGAGAUUCCGCUUUUCGACCUAUACACAACGAGAAUCUCACCGCAGUCGACCUGUACCGCUACGACGAAGCAUGGGAACUCACACCUACACGAGCGCUAUCACAGUUUGCCGAAUCCGUCGAGAAGAAUAACGGUGCUGUCCUGCUUGAUCUAAGGAAGCCAGAGGACUUCGUCACCAGUCACAUCCCAGGAUCGUAUAACCUACCGCUACAAAGCCUGAAUGCAUACACACCGAGCCCGUUCUCGGAUGCCGCGGUUCUCGAGAAGCAAUGGAAAGAGUUGGAAUCAACAUUCACAAGCGAGCGCAUUAGUGCGCAUGACCUUGCUGGCAAAGAUGUAUAUGUUGUUUGCUACGGUGGUGAUACGGCCCGCGUCGCGACGAGCGUGCUCCGCGCCAAAGCCAUCUCAGCAAGUAGCGUCAAGGGUGGCAUUGCUGCGUUACGGGAGGAACUUCCGCAUCUCCAGAUGACCGAGCGCGGGAGAGGUUUGGUGCAGCAAGAUUGGCUGAAGUCCCCGGAUGUCGCGGUGAGAGAGGUGCGAGCCGAUUCGUUGUCUCCGCAAAUCCGGGGUGAUGAUGGGCUUGCAGUGCAGGUCAGGUAG